AUGGCGAAUGAAGUUGAACGACUGUUCAAUUUGUGCGAUGCCGAAGGCAAAGGUUAUCUUACUGAGCAAGAUCUUCAGCACGCCUGCCCUCAACUUGAUCAAAAGGAUAUAGAGUUUAUAUUCGCUCAGUUGGAUACCGAUGGAUCAGGGAAGAUAGAAAAGGAGGAAUUUUGCAAUGGAUUUAAAAAAACCGUUCUCGAAGGAGAAAACCGAGGAUAUGGGGGAAUGCAACGACGAGCAAGCGUCAUCGAGUAUUCAGGUCUGAAUAGUGUGGAGCAGAACGGAUCGCAAAAGCUAAAGGACACCGUCUCACCGUCCCAAGGAGCCGACGAAGUGUUUGAUAGUGAUGCGGAUUCUUCGUUUAUUCGUCCCAAUCGGCUACGCAAUUUGGAAGAUGACGUGUACAAUUCAGAAUCUGACACGAACAUGAGCAUUGAUUUUUCUCUUCCAUGCCAAGAGGAAGUUGUUUUACUUUAUCAACAACUUCAGUCGGCCGGUGUUCCACAGCUUUUACGUAAAUAUGAACGUAUAGUCGGGUCGUUCUAUAAGGAAAUCAAGGAGCAGAAAGAUGAAAACCAACGUUUACAACACGUUUACGAAACUGAAAAAGACAUGUACAAUAGGCGAAUGGAGGAAGUGGAAAACGAGCUGGACCAACAGGUGAUGUUGGCAGAACGGAAAGCUAGAGAAGAGGAGAGGGCGAGGUUAACAAAAGAGAAGGAAGAAAUGCAAGCACGUAUGGCCGACGAGAUGCGAACUAUGCAAGGGAAUAUAGAACGGCUUCAGAAAAUGGAGAGCGUUUUAGAGAAGGAAGGACAGAAACUAAGCCACCAAAAAGAGCUUCAAGAACGUUUGAAGGAAGUGUGUUCGGAAAAUACUGAGCUGCGUCGAGGACUUGCGGAAAAUCACCUAGAAUUAGCUAUGAUCAAAAGUGAAUUAGCACAUGUUCGAGCAGACUAUGAGCACAAGCAAAAUGAACUUCUGCGGCAUAGAGAUGAGGUCUCUAUGGUAUCGCAAGAAAGCGAAACAAUGCACCGUCAAAUACAACUCCUUUUUGAGGCUAAUAAGAAGUUACAUGAAACGAACGAGAGCUUGAGAGACGCACUAGAUAGUCGCGCAUCUGUCAUCAAGCAAUUCAAUCUGGGACUUCAUGCUGCUACAGGACCCGCCGAACGAACUUUUCGAGUAGUUAUGUGUGGCGAAGCAGCUGUUGGGAAAAGCAGUUUAGUUAUGAGACUGAUAAGCGGCAAACAUUGCGCAAACCUCCCGAGUACACUUGGUGUGGAUUUCCAUGUGAAGACAGUGAAUGUCGAUGGUAGGAAUGUUGCUCUCCAACUAUGGGACACCGCUGGCCAAGAGAGGUUCCGUUCCUUAUGCAAAUCAUAUUUCCGACGUGCUGACGGCGCCAUUCUAGUCUAUAACGUCUCAUCUGAGCAUUCAUUUAUCAAAGUGCGAGACUGGAUCGACACGAUUAAGGAUUCGGUUGAGCGAAAAAUUCCAAUAAUUUUGGUUGGUAACAAAUGCGACCUACGACACAAUUUAGGAGAAGUGGUGUCAAGUCACGACGGAGCUGCUUUAGCUGCGAAAAUGGGUGUUUUAUUCAUGGAGACAAGUGCACUGGAUGGAAGUAAUGUGGAUGGCUCCAUAUUGGCUUUAACGAGGGAGAUGAUGGCUGUGGAAGAUGUGGAUGUUCGAGCAGCGGGUGUGAUUCUAUUACCAAGAGAGAAACCCGCCACUGGUUGCUUCAGCAAAUGCAAAGGAUAG